AUGCAUGUGGUGAAUUGGGCCACGUGCCUGCACGUUCCUUACACCCUGCCAUGCAAACACUCGUAUUGUUUGGAGCCCUGCCUGAUAUCUCGGCCGAGUCAGACUGAUGUGCGGUGCUUCCGCUGCGAUAAAGUGUACCCCCGCGAUUUAGCGAUGCACAAUGCGACUCUUGAGAGGCGAGUAACGCAGCAUUUUGUGGAGGAGCGACGGAGUCUUGUAACCACCUGCAACGCCUGUCGGCAUCCUGCCCCGGUUCUGCGCGCCUGUCAGCACUGUCAGUUGAGCGUCUGUUCCAGCUGCUGGGAUUCGCAUUACGCCGAGGUGGUUACCUCCGUGACCAACUCAACGCGUACAUUAUUAAAAACGAAAAAAGACUUAGAGGAGAUACGCAAUUCACUGAAGGCUAAGCCCUGUGGCCAAAGGUCUUACUUGAAGAAUUGCAUUAAACAGGCGACGCUGGAGCUUAAAGACGCCUGUGAUAAGUCGUUGGAUCUCAAUACCACAAAUUUAAAUACUAUUUUUGCUGGGCGUCAGGAUGAGUUAGUGGCUCUUAAGGAAGCCACUAUCAGAACAGGAGAGCGUAUUGCAAGAUAUGCGUAUCGAGAACAGCUUUUUCCUCAGAUGGCAUUAGAUGGUCUGUUAGACCUGAGGGAGAAGCUAAAUUAUGUAAGUACUCUCAUGAAGGAUAUACAUGAAAAGGUGGAUAGAUGUCAAGCUAAAGAAAGGUUACGUGUCGGCCACUCGUUAACUAACGCACUGGAGACCUUGUCACUGAUCGACGUGACAGAUCAGGAAGUCGAUGAUGAUCAUAGCAGUUGUCCAGACGAGGUUUCAGAAAUCGGCAGCGUCAUCGACGAUGCCUCUACGGGCAAACAGGUCUUUGUGGGCGGCGUCUCCGGGAAGGUAAAUUUUAUGCAGUUAGGGGAAUACUUUUCGCGUUAUGGCUCUGUGAAGAACUCCUUCGUUUCACACCGCAAAGGAUUUGGCUGUAUUACCUUUGCGAGCGAGGAGUCUGUGCGCAAGGCCAUCUCCCAACGCUUUCAAUCUAUCUGCGGCACAAGGGUGGAAGUGAAAGAGUAUAUUACCAAGAAGAAUAAUCGCGCUGCCUUGAAGACGGAACCCUCCACAAAGGGGUCACCAUCUCUACACCUGUUAGAACAAGAGAAGGUCUUCAUCGGUGGCAUUUCAGCCGACAUCACGGAGGCCUCAUUGAAGUCUUCACUGUCGCAGUUGGGUCCGGUUCAGAAGCUUGAUAUGGUCCCUCAACGCGGCUUUGGCGUAGUGGUGUUUAGUGAACCCCAGACGGCUGAAUUGGCUAUCUUAAGGCAUUGGCACAACGUGGACGGUAAGAGGGUGGAAUUGCUACCCUUUGUACCUGAUAAGAAGGCUCGUGAUGCUCUAAAACGAAGUGCUUCUAAGCCUCAGGUGCAGAUGGAUGCGGCGGAUAAGUCGAGCUCAAAGUCUCCUUCGUCACCUCCCCUUGCUCCUCCAUCUCCACAUACACCUGCACCACCUCUGGAGGAGCGACGGAGAAUUUUUGUUGGCGGUCUUGCAUGGGAUACGACGGCGGAUUCGUUGAAGUCAGCGCUGUCGAAACUGGGUCCAGUACAGCGGGUUGAUAUUUCCCCCAAAAGAGGUUUCGCUAUCGUGCUCUUUGAAUGGCCUGAGACGUCUCAAGUAGCCAUCACAGUCCAUUGGUUCAUCGUUGACGGUAAAAUGGUGGAAUUGCGACCCUUCGUACCCAAUCAGAAGUUUGAAAAGUCUGCAGAAGAGCAGAAAACUCUGGGUCAACUUGCUUCGACUAGCAGUGCUGUGGAGACUCCAGGCUCCGCAGGUGAUUGGCCCCUGGAGGACCUCUCUCAUCGCACCCUCCACGUGGAGGGCAUCGGCAAGUCUAUUAGCGAAAGCAUAUUAGGGAUGUACUUUUCCAAAUAUGGAGAUGUCAAGCAGUGUCGUAUCGCCAAUCAGCGUGGUUGCGUGGUGUUUGGGAGAUCACAGGAUCUGAAAAAUGCCCUUAAAGCCCAAUCACACAAUCUCAACGGUCAGAGGCUAGUUCUCAUUCCUCCAUUGAGUGAAAUGCCUAAAACCAGUGACUUCGGCGCCACCCGUACCAGCGCUGUUAGCUCCAUGGUCAACGCGCGGAAGUUGAUCAUCCAAGGCCUAGGUGAGGGUACAACUCACACAGUCCUGCGAGACUACUUCCUCAACUAUGGUGCGGUUGACUAUGCCAGUGUCACUGGUACAGAGGCCUGGGUGGUAUUUAAGAAUGCCAAAACUGUUAACUUAGUUUUGGCUACUCAACCCCACUUUAUUAGAGGUAGGCAGAUUACUCUGCGUAAACCCGAUGGAGGAGAUGCACCUUUGCUUGGUGCCUCCACUCUCUCACUCGGUGGUAAGGACGAAGCACCCGCGCAAACAGCGCCUCAAUUGGGGCCCCUAUUUAACCCGCACGUGCGCAUUUCGUCGCCACGACGGGUGGAGAGUUCAAGCUCUUUGUCCAGCCGGAAGGGCAGGGCCGGAGGUUCAGGGAAGCAGCCUCCUCCUCCACCAUCUCGUAAGCGGCUGUAA